AGCGGGUCGAACUCUUGGCACAGUCAUGUGUCAGUCGCGUUAGCGCGUCUCCGACGCGUUGCUCUGCCUGCUGUUUCCCCUCCUCCGCAUCUGCCUGUAACUCAGAUCCACCUCCCACGAGGAUGAGUUACAACGCGUACGAGACAUCGUAUACGUCGUACGGCGCCGGCGGUGGUGCUGGUGGCGGCGGCUUCAUCCCUGGUGAUAGCAGCCAACAGAGUCCUGGUGGUCGAGACAAGCAACAGCAAGACUCGCUCCGCGCUGUGACAAUCAAGCAAAUCAUAGACGCUCAGCAUGAUGCUUCGACUGAUUCCUUCCGGAUCGAUGGUCACAUUGCUUCUCAGAUCACCUUUGUUGCCCAAAUUCGCAAUAUUUCGACACAGACCACCAAUACUACAUACAGACUCGACGAUGGCACCGGUAGUAUCGAGGUCAGGCAAUGGGUCGACCCGGAUAAUCUCGAUUUAAACAAUCCUAUGAGAGCUAGGCUCGUCGAAGGCUCGUACUGCAGAGCAUGGGGAAAGCCGAAGAGCUUCAAUGAUCGAAGAUCGGUAAAUUCACAGAUCGUACGGCCUGUUGAAGACAUGAACGAGGUGUCAUACCAUCUACUCGAGGCUACCGCCACUCACUUGUACUUCACCCGAGGACCACUUGGUGGGGCCAAUGCUGGUGCGGGCGCCGCCAAUACCGGCGCUGGUGCUGAUCAACAAGGAGGUGGUGCUGGUGGUGCUUAUGGGAAUCACGAUCUAAGUGGCUACAAUUCUGUCGCGAAGAAAGUCUUCGCAUAUCUGCGAGAGACGCCCCAAAGCAACGAAGGUCUUCAUCAACAGGUUAUUGCGGCAAACCUUGGUCUCGAAUCUGCUGAUGUGUUAAGAGCUGGAGACGAUCUUCUGUCAGGUGGGCUGAUCUACACGACUGUUGACGAUCACACAUGGGCAGUUCUCGAGGCUGAUUAAGGGGCCUUAUGCAUUUGGGACGGCAGGCAAGCCUUGUCAAUGGCGUUGAGACAGCACAACAAUAAGCAAAUAGCGAUACCAUCAUUCAAAGAGAAUGACAAGAGUCUAUAGGUAUCUACAGACU